UUUUUAUUAAAGCUAGUAAGUAAACAAGUGCAAGUUCGAAAUAAACAAAUGUUAGCAUUGUUUUCAUGUUGGCAACACGUAGGUGUCUUCAUUUGCGGAGCUUUUUUUGUUGCCAAUAACCAUUCCAAUACUCCGGUCUCACAACUGCUGUUCCGCUUGUGUUCUCCGAGGAUGACAGUCCAGUGGUAUCUCCGCCUUUCCAUCGUGCACCCCCCCCCCCCCUUCUCCUAGUCACACAUUCUUAAUGUUACUCCAUCUGUAGAUCACUGGUCAUAUCAUCGUCAACAAAAGGAAUAAAGGACCAUACAGCAAAGAAAAAGGGAAGAAGGAAAUAAGGCAAGCAAUGCUAUCUUCUGACAAUACCUCAUUCUGUUUGAGAGCGCAGCAGGAUGAAUUUAAUCUUCUCAAGAUUAUUGGCAUACUUUUACUUCGGAUUCCAAGUCAUUCUACAGUUCUACAUCGACCCGUGUCACCUCCAUCCCCAGCCGUGUCACAUUCUGGCGCAGAUAGGAAACACCGUGCGCCUUGGUGCCCUUCUGCCCACCCGCCAGACGGCCAGGGUGCAGGCUGCCCUGAACCGCGCCCUCGCCGGUCUCGCUCAAACUGGGGACAACUUUCUACCUUUCAACCUGAGCCUGGAAGUGGUUCCCCAAGAGCCAGCAAAAGGAGACCCCGAGUCCCUUUUCAGGUGUGUUUGUCAGGCUAUCGUUGUUCAGGGGGUCUCCGCUGUGCUCGCCUUCCCCCAGACCCAGGAAGAGAUCGUACAAGUGGAAUUUAUGGCUUCAUUUUUGGAAAUACCUUUUAUAAGCAUCAUUGAACACGGAGAGCCUCUGAAAACACAGAACCGCUUCCACCUACAGAUGGCUACUCGGAUCCCCCCGUCGGGCCUGUCGGAGCUACUGCUGGCCGUCCUCCAGCGGAGCGGCUGGCAGGAGGGCAUGGCCGUGCUGUGCCAGGGUUGGGAGGAGGAUGGCCUGCUGGAACUACUGGACCUCCAGAGCCACCUGGGCUGUGGCGCCACCCGUUGGCAACUCCGCGCCCUCCUCAACCUCACCCGUGCUGGCCCAGCAGAAUCCCAAAUCCAGGACUUCCUUUCAGAACACUUCCGGGGGCAGGGCCCAAGUCAGAUCCCACCGCCGGCCGCGGUGCUGCUGUUUGGGGGCGACCCAGAGUGUGCGGCGGCGGUGCUGCGGAGCGCCCAGGACUUGGGGUUGACGCUGCCCACGGUGCACUGGGUCCUGGGCUACCCACUGAGCCCCGAUGCCCUGCACUCCAUCGGCCUGCCCCUGGGUCUGCUGGCCUACGGUGAAGUGGAGCGCAAGCCGCUGGACUUCUACAUCCGCGACGCACUUCAGCUGGUAGGCCGGGCAGUGUCGGCUGCCACAGUGGUGCGCCCAGACCUGGCGCUCAUCCAGAACAUGGUCAACUGCUACGACAAACCCAACAAGCACGAGGUGCCCUCCUCCGGACAGUACCUUGCCAGGUUCCUGUCCAACACGUCGUUCUCGGGGCUGACGGGGCCGGUGUCAGUGCAGAGGAACCUAUCCCGAGUUCUCACCUCUCAGCGAUUCCACAUCUGGAGCUUGCAGCGGGACGCGGUGGGCCAGCCCACCUGGGUGACAGUGGGCAGCUGGGAGGGGGGCCGCCUGGAGGUGGAGGACCAGGGCCUGUGGCAAGGGCACAAUGGCAAGAGCCAUGGCCUGGGAGAGGGCCAGGGGGGGCGGGGUGGGGGCCGGUGGCGAGCCGGCAGUCCUGUGGCAGGCAGCCGGGUGCGGGUAGUCACCCUAGUGGAGCACCCCUUCGUAUUCACGCGGGAGGUGGAUGAGGACGGGAACUGUCCGGCAGGACAGUACUGCCUGGACGCGGGGACAAACAGCUCAGACAUGCUGGAGCGCUACUUCAGUGAGCGUGCCACGGGCAACUCUACCUUCCUGCCCACGGACUAUGGCAAGUGUUGUUACGGAUACUGCAUAGACCUGCUGGAGAAAAUGUCAGAGGACAUGCGUUUCGAGUACGACCUGUACAUCGUGGGCGAUGGGAAGUACGGUGCAUCAAAAAGCGGCCGCUGGACUGGGCUGGUGGGUGACCUGCUCAAUGGCGUGGCCGACAUGGCCGUCACCUCAUUCAGCAUUAACUCAGUACGCAGCCGUGUCAUUGACUUCACGUCGCCCUUCUUCUCCACCUCGCUGGGCAUCCUGGUGCGCAGCAAGGACACGGCGGCGCCCAUCGGCGCCUUCAUGUGGCCCCUGCACUGGUCUAUGUGGGUGGGCAUUUUCGUGGCGCUGCAUAUCACCGCCCUCUUCCUCACCCUCUAUGAGUGGAAGAGCCCGUUUGGCAUGACGCCACACGGACGCAACCGCCUGCGCGUCUUCUCCUACUCGUCUGCGCUAAACCUGUGCUACGCCAUCCUGUUCGGCCGCACGGUCUCCAGCAAGACGCCCAAGUGCUGGACGGGUCGGUUUCUGAUGAACCUGUGGGCCAUCUUCUGCCUGCUGGUGCUGUCCAGCUACACAGCCAACCUGGCCGCCGUCAUGGUCGGCGAGAAGACCUUCGAGGAACUCUCGGGGAUCCAUGACGCCAAGCUCCAUCACCCAUCCCAUGGUUUCAGGUUUGGCACAGUGAGGGAAAGCAGCGCUGAGGAGUACAUGAAGAAGAGUUUCCCAGAGAUGCACGAGUACAUGAGGCGCUACAAUGAGCCCACCACACCCGAUGGGGUGUCCACCCUCAAGGUAGAUCCCCCUCAGCUUGAUGCCUUCAUCAUGGACAAGGCCCUGCUGGACUACGAGGUGUCCAUCGACGCAGACUGCAAGCUGCUCACUGUGGGCAAGCCCUUCGCCAUCGAAGGCUAUGGAAUAGGCCUACCACAGAACUCCCCUCUAACCAACAACGUGUCAGAGUUCAUCAGUCGCUACAAGUCAGAUGGCUACAUGGACAUGCUGCACGACAAGUGGUACAAGGUGGUGCCUUGUGGGAAGAGGGUGUUCGCCGUCACCGAGACUCUCCAGAUGGGCAUCCGUCACUUCUCAGGGCUGUUUGUGCUGCUGUGUGUGGGCGUGGCCACGUCACUGCUCACCCUGGCUGGGGAGCACGCCUUCUAUCACAUGGUGCUGCCACACAUCCGACGACGACAGAAGUACAAGUACUGGCUCCACACCAGCCAGAAAAUCCACAGAGCCCUGAACCAGACCUAUGACGAUGUGAAGAAGAAGCAGGGCGCCAACACAGAAAAAAGCUGCAACAGCCAGAAGAACCAGCACCCCCAGCCUCCCCCUUCCCCCGGCGCCUCGGCCAAGUGGAACGAGAGCAGCAGGGACUCCGCUGCUGCAGCUGCUAAGGACAAGCGAGUCCACUUUAACCUGGAGACCCUCAACAGCCGCCGCCUUCUAGCCCGGGCCGUGGCCGAGUCUGAAGGGGGGAGAGGGGGGUCGGCUGGAUGUGGCACUAACCCUAGGAUCAACCCGGCCACACGGGUCUGUGCGAAUGGGGGCUUCGGGACUUCCUUUGCCAGCCUGGUGCUAUCCCUCCCCUCCUCUUCAUCCAUCCCUUCUUCCUCCUCAGGCGUUCCUCUGAGGCCGGGAGAGCUGCAGGAGCUGCAGGAGAGGAUCGACCUGAUCCGGGAUCAGCUGAGGACGGCUCUGGCCAGGAGGGCUGAGCUGCAGACUUCCCUGGCCAAGGAAAAGGCUGCCUGCUCCGCCCCCAUAGUGACGGGAAUGACCUCCGUGGUUGUAGCUACUGCAGCCCUCCCCUCCACCCGCUGUGCCACCACCAUGACAGACCCUGUCCUCAAGUCCCUGCCCACAGUCCGCACCACUCCUGCCAUACACACCAAUGAGAAGAGCUGAUGCCCCCUGGUGUUUGGAAAAAACAAUGGUGUAUUAGGGGAGGGGUUUAUUGAAAGAAGUUGGAUUACAUUGGAUUGGAUUUAUCCAAUUGCUGUGAGCCUGAUGCCAUAGCAUGGUAGCUCUUUCCCUGGACACCCUUGUGCUAUUGGGUGAGAUGAAAGAGCUUCCAGGUCACUGGGAAUCUCUUAUGAUCUACAUGUGCCCAAUUGGUCCUCACAUGAUUGGUAAAAUGUGUUUGGGCUACCUCAGGCCUACUUGGAUCUACCCAAUGGAGUGGGGCUGCAGGUACCAGCAUGCCCCCAUGACCGAGCCCCGCUGGCACUGCACCCAUUCUGGGAACUUAACCACUGGCUUUCCAGUGCUCUCUCUGCCACAGGAGCCAAAAUGGCUGCCACCCACAACCUUCUGUUUCCAGUCUCUGUUGAUUUCAGUGGUGGGGCGAUAACAGAAUUUUAUCAACAAUGCAAUGGCGACCUGAAACAACAAUCAGUAAUACGUGGAGUUCAGACUGUAUUCAAAUCAGGAGUGGUGCUUUUAUGGUGUUUCUGUUGAUUUCUUCCUUUGAGUUCCGAGUCGAUAUCGUUUACUGGCCUUGAUUAACAUGUUUUUCAAGAAUAAAGUCUGAUGGAAGUGUUAGUUGUGAUGGUUGAAAUGUGAA